AUGUCUGCCAAACAACCCCUCUACCUGCGCUGCGAGAUGAAGCCGGCCGAGCACCGCGCCGCGCUCACCCCGACCACCGCCAAGAAGCUCAUCGAUGCUGGAUUCGAGAUCACGGUCGAGUCCGACCCGCAGCGCAUCUUUGACGACAAGGAGUACUCGGAUGUCGGCUGCAAGCUGGCCCCCCACAACACAUUCCACAGCCUCCCCGCCGAGAUCCCCAUCAUCGGCCUCAAGGAGCUCGAGGAGCCCGGGCCGGAUCUGCCGCACACGCACAUCCAGUUUGCGCACUGCUACAAGAAGCAGGCUGGCUGGGUCGACGUUUUGGGUCGCUUCAAGCGCGGAGGUGGAAAGCUGUACGAUUUGGAGUUUUUGGAGGACGCCAACGGACGCCGGGUGGCUGCGUUCGGGUGGCACGCCGGGUUCGCCGGUGCCGCACUCGGACUGCUGGCACUGGCGGAGCAAGUUCAGGGCGAGCAGCGACGACUUGGAGCGCAGAAGGCGUACCCGAACGAACAGGCGCUCAUCGCACACGCCAAGAAGCAGAUCGAACAUAUCAAGAAGAGCCGCCCAGACGGCAAGGUCAAGGCGCUCGUCGUUGGCGCUCUCGGUCGAUGCGGUCGUGGUGCCAUCGACUUUUUCGAAAAAGCCGGCGUCGCAUCCGACGACAUUGUUCGCUGGGACAUGGCAGAGACCUCCGCCAAGCACGGCCCCUACCAAGAGCUGCUCGACGUCGACAUCUUUGUCAACUGCAUCUACCUGACGAGCAAGAUCCCGCCGUUCCUCGACCAACCCACCAUCCAGGCUGCCGGUCCUUCCCGCCGACUCGGCGUUGUGGUCGACGUUUCGUGCGACACCACCAACCCUAACAACCCUCUUCCGAUUUACGAUAUCAACACGACGUUCGACAAGCCUACGGUGGACGUCAAGACGGGCGAGGGCAACCCAGCACUGACGGUCAUCUCGAUCGACCACCUGCCCACCCUGCUGCCAAGGGAGAGCUCCGAGGGCUUCAGCAACGAUCUCCUGCCCAGCUUGCUGCAGCUCAGGGAGGUGCUCGGUAAGGACACCACCCAGCUGGACACCUUGGAGGAGGGCAAGGGCGCCGUGUGGCAGCGAGCAGAGAAGCUGUUCCGACACCACCUGGCCGAAGCUGAGAAGCAGGGUGCUUGA